AUGAAGUUAAUAUCUAGUUUGAUAUUUUCAAUUGUAGUAUUAUAUAAAUUGUCAUAUGGUUUCCCACAAUCAUAUGAUGCUUGCACAGAGGUAACAUAUGGGGAUAAAUAUGAUACAAUCCCUGAUUCCUAUGAUGUUAGAACUACUUGGAGUGAAUGUAUAUCACCUAUUAGAGAGCAAAAGAGUUGCGGUAGUUGCUGGGCUCAAGUAAGUACUGGUUUGUUGGCUGAUAAGGCAUGUAUUCAAACUGGUGGUAAAAUAAAAGUUACUCUAUCACCCCAAUAUAUGAUGGAUUGCGAUGGUAGUUGUACAUCCAAUAGCGGUUGUAAUAAUGGAUGCAAGGGUGGAUUUGUCGGUAAGGCUUUUGAGUUUUUAAUCAAUAAUGGUGUUGUUCCAGAUACCUGUUUGUCUUAUAAAGCUUCAAAAGAUGACUCAUGUCCACAAUCCUGUGAUGAUGGUACUCCAUUUAGUAACCAAACCAAAUUCAGAGCUUCAUCAUGUCAAAAAUUCCCAACCAUUCAAGAUGCUCAAGUUGAAAUUAUGACAAAUGGUCCAGUUGUUGCCACAUUAAUGCUAUAUGAUGAUUUUAAACCAUAUAAAUGGGCAAAUAAUAUUUAUGUCAAGGGUGAAAAUGCUAAAACCGUUGAAAGUCAUGCCGUUAGAGUUGUAGGCUGGGGCAAAUCUGAUAGUGGCGUUUUAUAUUGGAUAGCUGCUAAUAGUUGGGGUUCAGGCUGGGGAGAUGGAGGUUAUUUCAAAAUCAUUCGUGGUACAGAUGAAGUUGGCUUUGAAGAAGGUUUUAUAACAAUGACAUCUGAUGACGCCUCUAUUCCAUCAACUUAUUAUGACUUGGACUAUGAAUUAGGUAAUGGAUCGGUUUUCCUUAAACCAUCCUUUAUUAUUAUUUUUGGUUUAAUAGUAUCUUAUUUUAUUUUGGUUCCAUUGAUUUUAUCUUAA